AGCACAUCCCAGCGAGUGGACAGUCGUUGUGUAAUUUUCGAACAAGCCCUCAAAUUUGGCAAACGUCAUAAAAUUUCUGUUUUUCUGAAAAUCUGUCGCGAGUAAAAUUUUGCUUGAUUCCUUCAAAUUUGAGCUAAUAUUCAGUGAAAUUAACAACGAUGGUCAGCGAAAUUCCGGCCCGUCUGCAGGCAGGCCCCAAGGAAGGCGUCAGCUAUCCUCUAUCGGUGCAAUACUGCGGCCACUGCUCGAUGCCGCUGGAAUACUGCGAAAACUACCCGGAGUACGACAAGUGCAAACAGUGGCUCGAGAAGAACCUACCGUCGGAGUUUGCGCGGAUUAAGCUGGGAUCGGCGGAAGGUGGUAGCACCGGCGGAGCCGGAGGAGCGGCUGGUGGAGCGGCCGGUUCCGGAGAUAAAGCAGCUGGGGACGAUGGCGCCGAGGAGGACAAGAAGCGACAGAAGCGGGGUGGUAAGGGCAUGCUGAAGAGCAAGAAACCCAAAGAAGACGGACCGAAGAAGAUUUGCCUGUCGAGAUCCGCCCGCGGCAAGAAGAAGUCCGUCACGGUUGUGACGGGACUGGCCACGUUCGACAUCGAUCUGAAGGUGGCGGCCAAGUUUUUCGGAACGAAGUUUGCGUGCGGGUCAUCGGUGACGGGGGAUGACGAAAUCGUCAUUCAGGGAGAUGUCAAGGACGAUUUGUUCGAUGUGAUUCCGGAAAAGUGGCCCGAGAUCGAUGAGGACUUUAUCGACGACUUAGGAGACCAGAAGCGAUAA